AUGUCCGUCACGGCAGCCAGAGCGUUUCUGUUGGCCCUGGUCUUCGUCGUGGAUGCUGGACAGCCAUGGGCAAAUGCCAGAGGCGCAGCUUCGCUGCAGGUGAGUGCAGAUCUGCUCAGUCCUGGACAGCCUCGCUUGAUACAGGGACUCCCGGCUUUUGCAACCCGUUGCUUUCCGACCUCCGUACCAUCUUCUGUGCAAAAGGUUCGUGUAGUGGCGUCCGUCGUCAGUUUGGCUGGAUUUCCAGUACUCUGUGCUGGUUGGGAGCCAACUAGACCGCAAGCAAACAGCUCGGAGACAGGCUACGAGACUUUGGAUGAGGUCUUUGACAAUGCCCUUGACAAAGACACCAUCUUCGUAUGUGUCAGGACUUUCUCCAGCCAAGGCUGUGAUUCCGUCCUCACAGUCUUCGCAACACCUCAUCUUCAUCUUGACAAGGAGUAUAUUCCGUUCGCUCGGCUCGAGCUGAACUAUCCGUCGAUCUGGCAGCUGCGGGAUAGUGCGGCUCCUUCCAGAAUGGGUUUCACUACACAGGCGGACUUUCUGGAGGAUUUGAGGCUCGUGGCAUUUCCGCUGAGCGGACAUUUCGAGGUUGAGGUGUACCGAGUCGAUUCAAGCUACUCAUUCAACGCCAGUUCUUGCAUCGGCCAUGGCAUCAAAGUGGAGAAAAGCAACAGCGAGCUCGUCCUCGCUGAUCUGCUGCAAGUGCAUGGAGACCUGAAUCGGCUGGAGCAGAAGUUCUGCAUCAUGAUCGUCGGUUCAGGGACUGUGUACAUCAGUGUGGCCCGGCUCUACCCGGGACCAUUCUUAGCCCCAGCUGUGCCUCAUGCAGGUCUUCUCAGCGGAGCGGCUUGCGAUGGUGCCAGGAUUCUGGUGAAAGAUGGGGUCGACGUGACGGUGACGGCUGUUGCUGCUGAUGCUUCAGAGCUGACGCUGUCGGCAAUGCUGACUACAGACGCUCUACAGGAUUCCAUUCGCAAUCGUUGGAGAGGUGAGGUGCCUCCAGGUGGCAGUGGAGCAGCCUUGUUGAUCUCAAGCAAAGAUGUGACGGCUGCAGGCGAUUCGCGGAGCGAGGAGAGCAUCUAUGUUCGGAUUUGCCGAAACUCGAGCAUCUCCACUGCCACAGAGUUCUGGAUCACCGCAGAGACGGAUACGGGUGUGAUGACCUUGAAGGAUGGUGUUGCCAUCCACUCCUCUGUGCCACCAGCUGCGUUUGCAGCUGGCUCGUGGAAGGAAACGUGGCGGGAAUUUCGCGUCCUGAUUCCUGAUGGUCCCCUACAGCCGACCGAGGUCACGCUGUCUGCAAGCUCCAUUGGGAAGGUGCAUCUAGUAGCUGACACUCAUCGUCAUCCUGACCUGGCAUCGUACAGCUGGGCUACGGCAGGCGCUACAAGCAACGAGGUCUUGCGAUUCACGACGCAGAGUCAACUGGCGAGCCACGGCGUCGGGUUGAUAGACUGUCGCUUGCCCUGCUUCCUAUACCUCGCUGCCACUGCAAGGGCCCACAAUGCGGAAGUUCAUGUGCCACUGUCGGUUCGAGCGGUUCUGGAUAGCCAGGGGACAAAGCACCUGCUCGAGGGCGAUGAGUUCGAGCAGGUGUUGCCCGGCAAUCGGUCCCAGGUAUUUGCCUAUAGUGUGAGACGAAGUAGCACGGCAGUUUUGGUCUCCGUGUCGAAGCUGUCCGGAUCAACCAACUUUGUGAUGUCUUCAAGUCCGGAUUUUCCGGAUGGUUGGACGACAAGUCCGGCCGAGGCCGUCAUUUUGUUGGAGCCCGGUGCCAACGUGUUCCGUCGUGCUGCAGAGGCCGUCGCUGGGCGAGUUCCUCCGGUCCUCUAUAUUCGUGUACAGAAUGCCGGGAUGCAGUCAAGCCGCUUCAUCAUCUCCGCGCGAUCUCAGGCCCAUGCCAAAUGGCUCCUGAAUGGUGCGACGACGCAAGGAGCAGUGAAGGCAUUGAGAUACGACAGAUACCGCUUCUUCGUUUCGGACGGCGAGGUGAGGCACAGUAUGGAAAUCACCAUCGAGGUCAUUCUUCACAGUGGGUCAGUGGCUCUCUUUGCUGCCUGUGAUCCGAAUAGGUAUCCACAAGAGUCUCAUUACGACUGGAGCCGCCCGAAGCUUUCCGGCCCACAGGGAAGCCUGGUCAUCGCAGCAUCCAGCAAAGCUUUCAGGGCUGGCUGGAUCUUCCUUGCAGUCACUAGCGACAGCUUGGCCGCAUACUCGUUGCGUAUUCGAUGGGGCGAUGAUGCCGUGAAGCUGAAGGACGGGAUUCCUGAGCGGGGACAUCUUUCACCAGGAUUCUUGCGUUGGUUUGCAUUGAAUGAGGUUUGGAAUGAUGAUCAGCCGGUCGCCGUUCGUGCGGAGGCUGUGGCUGGAUCCUUCGGCCUCUGCGUUCGAUCGAAGAGAACAAGGAGAAGGUUGGAAGCCUUGAGCCAAGCCUGGGGCCUGCUGCAGCGGCUCAGAAACAGCACCCCACGUGGCUGGAAGGAAAACCUGGGAUGCUCAUAUGCAGCAGUGGCCAAUGCAUCCAGGGGCGUGGGUGCAAGCUUAGCUGCCAUCGACAUCCCCUCGGAGAACCCUGGUGCAUCUUUGGAGGUGGGUUUGCUGGGACUUUCGCCUGGCAGCUGGUCAGCCAACACGUCGGAGUUCGUGCUGCAUGUGAUCCUAGACGACGUGGUUACACUACCAGAGGAGCAGACCGUGGUCGUGGAUUCGCUCGCUCCACCCUGCUGUUCUUCUGGACCCAAGCUUCAUCGCAUGUACCGGCAUUACACUCGUUUUUCGUCUGGGUCGCUGCGGAUUUUUCUCACCCCUCUCGGUGCGGGGCAGCUGACGGGUGCGAAGCUCUCCGCUCGUCGUAAAGGCGAGCCUGUCUGGUUCCAAUCGCAAGAGGUGAUGCAGGAGAGAGUUCUGCAGCUGUACAUCAACCUGCAAGACAUGUCUUGGCAACAUGCCGGUGGAUUUUGGUUGGAGGUUGCUGUCGAGGUCCACCGUCCAACAAACUACACCCUGAGCCUUCUCUCAGAUUCUGCAGAGGAUCUGCCGACGCGGCUCGCCCCGAAUGUGCCGGUCUUCGACAACUUGUCUGAGGUGGCUUCGGGAAAAUAUUCUUUCCGCGCUUCUGCACAGGUUGCGACUCUGUGCUUGAAGCCGUGCUACGGUCAAGUUCGGAUGCGGAUUACGUCAGACUCGGUCCAGAGUCCCAAGGACUCUUCUGCGCAUGGGAUGUGCACUCAGCUGAACUCUGGAGGUGAAUCGCUUUCCGGCUCGGUAGUGGUGGACAAGCUGUUGCACAUGCCAAGUCCAACUUACGAGAUCGAACUCACCACACAUCCGGGCAACAACUUCAUCGAGCUACCGCGCAUGACGGACUUGAAAGCGAAGCAGAAGCUUCACUGCGAAGCCUCUGGUGAAAGGCGGUGCUCUCUGGAUGCCACAUUUAGCUUCGACGCUGCCUCCGUGGGCGUCACCGCCUCCGGUUCUGCAAGGCUGCGUCACACUCUGAUGGCACUGAAAGUAGAUCCCGAUGUGCAUCCAGAAACGACCUGUGGCCUUCUGGCAGCUCUGGCAACGAAUCGCACCGUCAGCACGCUGGUGGUGAAGGACAGUGCUCGCCAUUCGCAACUGGAGGGAAAUCUCCGCUUCGAUCAAGAGUCCAAUUCGAGCAUCAUGGUGAAUGUCCUGGUCACGUUGGAGGACCUUGCAGGUGCUCAUCUUGCCGCUGCCAGUUACAUGCCCUUCGAGCUGGUGGCUGCCGCUGAAAGGUCCCCGGAGUCAGACAACAUCGCAAAUUCCUGGGUUGGUUGUUUUGUGCUUGUUUUGUGCGGCGGUGGAUGUCUCCUCAACAAAAGUCGUCAUGCUUCCAAGGGGCACCAGGAUGUCCGUGAGGUUGUCCAUGCACACGACAAACCAACACUUCAAAUCAUGAGAUGCACGUGCUCGGGAUGGUUAGUGGGACCCUCUCCACUUGACGGCUUUUUGCAGCAUGUCCUGCUUUGCGACGUCUUGCAAAGUCUGGGGGAAACCAUGGCGGCCAUUUGCCGCAUCGUGACUGGUGCAGGAUCGGAGAAAGAGCAAAGGAACAUUGAGAAAGAGCGAGUCAUUGAAGAGAGCAUCUAUGGCGUUUUUGCUGAAGCCGGUCGGGAUGAUCGGAGAAAGAAGAUUUCGUUGACCAGCAAGACGAGCAAGCCCGUCAGCUUUGUCAAAGGGCAGACUCUGCAGCCGACAUCAGUUUCAGCCAAGCCGGCUGAGGAGGCCAGGGUUCAAGCGUCGGACGACGAAGUUGAUAGCAGGUUUGUGCUCGAUGCCAACGCCCCCAAUGCGCAGGGCAUCAAACAAGCUGUCGAAGGACCGAAGCUUCCAGCUCGCAACAAGUUGUCGUUCAAUCAGAUGGCAAACAAUUAUGGCAAGGGCUUUUCGAUGCUGCAGAAGAUGGGCUUCACUGGCGGCGGGCUGGGCAGGCACAAUGAUGGCAUUGCAAAUCCGAUCGAAGUCCAGAAACGCCAGGGGAAGAUGGGUCUGCAGGAUGACGGGGAGAUGGUGGAUCAAGACCUCUAUGGCAACGAAGGUGAAGCCGGCCGUCGGUCCUUGGAGGAACUCCUCGGAACCGGAACCACCCAGCCGAAGACAAAGCGUGAGCGCGAGUCGGUCAGCGACGGAUGGAAACGGGACGGCAAGGACGGCAAGCCAAAGAAGCCAAAAACCGUUUACAAGACGGCCGAUGAAGUGAUCAGCGAACCUGCUAUGCGCAUUGUGGACAUGCGCGGCCCGGAGGUCAAAGUGGCUUCUUCCUUUGCAGAGCUCGCCGCAAGUCUUUCCGGGGAUUCUGUGAAGAGUUUGAAAGAGCUUAGACACAAUGCCCGCUUGUUGGUCUCUAGAUACGAGGACAAAGUCAGGGCAGGAAUGGAGCGGAAGCGCCACUGUGAAAGCGUUCUUUUAUCUGUGGCAAAGGAGAAAGAUAGGGUUCAGGCGGCUGAAAAGAUCAAUGAGACAGAACUCGCAGGUUGCAAGAAGCUUGUCACGGAGAUUGAGUCCUUGAGAGAGAGGCAAGACCAAGGGACCCUGAGCUUGCACGAGCUUGCAGAUGCAUUCAAUCACUUGCGAAGUGAGAAGCCGAAAGAGUUUCGCGUUCUUGAAGCAGCGGACGUUGCAUUUGCUCUCGCACUUCCGACGGCACGUCGCGAGUUUGCCACCUGGCAGCCCUUGAAACAGCCGGUCUCAGAUCGAAUGGAACGAUUGAAAGCUAUUGCCAAAUGGCAAGAUAUGACAAGUGAGAAGACCCAAGAGCGCUUCACAGCAUUGAUCGAAGCGUCCCUCCUUCCGUGUCUGCGAAAGGCAUUGGUAGCAUGGUCGCCAAGAGAACCAGAGCGCUGCAUCCGAUUGAUGGAGAGCUGCCGGGCAGUGCUGCAGUCAGAUUGUGCAGAUUCCCUGAUUGCAGAAGUCGUGCUCCCAAGGCUUCGCUCUGAAAUUGAGGGUUGGGACCCGAGGCUGGACACGGUAUCACCACAUCUUUGGCUGCAUCCAUGGCUACCGCUUCUGGGUAGCCAAAUGGAUAUUCUGUGGCCACCGAUCCGGUUUAAGAUAUCCUCCUGUCUAGACCGUUGGGAUUGCUCCGACUCGUCGGCGCACGGGUUCCUGCAGCCAUGGCGGCGUGUCUUUGAUCCGUCCAACUGGGAUCCGCUUAUUGAAAAGGUUCUGUCCAAAAUUGAAAAAGCUAUUGCAGAGACUCCUGUGCAGCCCGACGGCCAGAACCUACAGGCGUUGCGGACCCUUUUUUCAUGGAUGGAUCUUGCUCCGUUGGAUAGUGUUUCACGAGUUCUGGAGUCAGCCUUCUUUCCGCAGUGGCAUGCUGCUCUCCGCCGCUGGCUUCGUGAUGCUCAGUGCGAUUUUUCGGAGGUGCUACAGUGGUACCAAGGGUGGAAGGCAUUGCUCCCCAAAGAAUUACUUGAGCAAGCCCGCGUCCAGAAGCACUUUGCGAGUGGACUGGAGGUGAUGAAGCACACGAUGACUCAUGGAACCUCGGACUUGCCCGAAUCUCCGGAGAGAGGCGAAAAGAACAAUCAACCAUCUGCGCGCCUACCUGCGGACGAAAUCAGCCUCAGUUUGAGCGACUACAUGUCCCAAGUUGCAGCUGAAGAAGGGCUGAUCUUCCUUCCGAAGAAGCAGCAGCGUAACGGAAAGCAAGUUUAUCAACUCGGAACAGCCACCAUUCAGCUGGACAAGAACUUGGUCUAUGUUGCGCCGACAUCCGGCGAAGGGGAGUGGAAGGCCGCGUCCAUGGAUGAAGUUCUCGCACUUGCGCGGGCGACAUCUCGCAGAAAGAAAUAA